AUGAAGCGUAUCGGCAUUCCGUGCGCGCUUUUUGCUCUCCCCUCUGGUAAACCGCGUCGACCAAUUGUUUACAUCGUGGAUGGUAACGCCAAAACGGACGUGUCCAAUCGGAAAGAGCCGGGCACCUUCUGCGGGGAGAGCGAGCAGCCGCAGACCUUCAUGUCGGAGACGUCUUUCGUGAAGGUCGUCUUCCACACGGACAACUUCACCGAUCAGACGUACUUCAGCUUCGACACGAGGGCUGAGCAGCAGCUUGUGGUUUACCUCAGAUACGGGCAACAUCCAGAAUUGUAUCCUAAUCGGAGAGGCGAAGUCGUGCAAGGGUCGUACUGUGAGAGGAUUUUCAGGGAUUGCCGAUUGCAGACUUGCUACGUGCAAUCACCUGCAUUUCCCGGCGUCUAUCCGAGGAAUCUCAACUGCAGGUACUACCUGAACACGCGACUACCCUUCAUCAAACUCUACAUAGAGAACGAAGAGUUCAACAUCGAUGGGCAACGAUGCGAGAACAUCAUGACAUGUCCCAUGAGACCCAUCUCCUCAG